AGAAAAGUUGACUCACCCAAACAUCACCUAACGCAAGAUCGUAGCGCGAGUCUGUAAGAAGGCGGAAGCAGCAGCUGGUAAAAAAUGGACAACAGAUGGUACAGUAGUGAACCAGAAAGAGAAGUCCAAGACAAAAGUCAACAAAAUAGGGAGCAGGAUUCUCUUAUUGAGGAUUUGGUGGAAGAUUUUCGCUUGCCUAUUAAUCACAAGCCCACAGAAAAUGUGGAUCUGGAUAAUGUUGAACAGGCAUCACUCGACACAAAGUUGACAGCAUCUAACAUUGGGUUUAGGCUUCUUCAGAAAAUGGGAUGGAAAGGGAAAGGUCUUGGAAAGGAUGAGCAGGGAAUAGUUGAGCCCAUAAAAUCUGGGAUUAGAGAUCCAAAGUUAGGGAUUGGAAAACAAGAAGAAGAUGAUUUUUUCACUUCAGAAGAAAAUAUCCAGCGAAAAAAAUUGGACGUUGAGGUUGAGGAAACAGAGGAACACGCGAAGAAACGUGAGGUGUUAGCGGAACGGGAGCAGAAAAUUCAAACUGAGGUGAAAGAAAUAAGGAAGGUGUUUCAUUGUGAUCUCUGCAACAAGCAAUACAAAUUGGCUAUGGAAUUCGAAGUUCACCUAAGUUCAUAUGAUCACAAUCACAGAAAGCGUUUUAAAGAAAUGAAAGAGAUGCAUGGUUCUAGCAGUCGUGAUGAUCGGCAAAAGCGGGAACUGCAACGACAAGAGAGAGAGAUGGCUAAGUUUGCUCAGAUGGCAGAUGCUCGUAAACAGCAACAGCAACAGCAACAGCAACAGCAACAGCAACAACAGCAGCAGGUGGAAGAGUCUGGAUCUGGUCAGGUUUCCAAUUCAAUGAGAAGUGGAACUGCACUUGCCGAUCAGGAUCAGCGGAAGGCAUUAAAAUUUGGGUUUUCUUCUAAGAGUGGCACUUCUAAGAAGCCAUCUGGUGGUGAUGCAAAGAAGCCGAAAGUAGCUGUAGCCUCAGUCUUUGGCAAUGAUAGUGACGAAGAACAGUAAAUUUUGACCCUGUAGCUUGAAAUCAGCUAUAUGCCCUAUGAUAUGUUCUCGUUUUAUUUGGUUCAUGAUUUGUACUAUCUAUGGCCAGAACCUCUAAUUUCAAGAACCAAAUUAUCAAUGGUUAUGGUUCUGAAGAUCCUAUUUAAAAGUUCCGUGAUUUAAGUUUAAUGUUCUGAGACGAGCAUAGAUGAUUUUAUUGUAAGGCAUAGUUUGUAUGAUGAUACAGCUUUCCGAAAUAUGUGUAGAAACUUACUUUUAUGUA